AUGACCUCGCUGAUUCCAUCAGCUCGUUGCAUACCUCGUAUAACACCCUCACGCCUACGUGAGCACCUUGCAACUCCAUCACCUCGGCCUUUGCAUCUCCCUGGAUUGAUCGCCGCUUGGCCCGCUCUUUCCCAAUGGCGAUUAUCCGAUCAAUUACGCGAGAUUCGAAACGCAGUAGGAGAAGAGAGAGCUGUAGAGGUAGAGCUGGGUAGAAAAGGUAGAGGAUAUCUAGAUCCUGAUUGGCAGCGGGUGAAUCUGGGCUUUGGUAUUUUCCUCGAUGCUUUCAUAUUCAACAUGAUACCUUCGUCUGCCCCUAAAUCACAGUUGCCAUCGGCGUACUUGGCUCAAUCGGAUCUACUGGAUUCUUGCCCUCAGUUGGCCGAAGCUGUACCUCUGUUACCUCAUUUCUACCAAGGAAGCGAAAAAAGUCUUUACCGACGAACAGUCUGGAUAGGGCCGGACAAGAGCUUCACGCCAUUUCACAAAGAUCCGUACGUCGGGAUCUAUUCACAAGGUGAGUGCCAGGCUGUACAGUUAUACGCUAAUGUCGCAGUUCAAGGAAACAAGAUAUUCCACGUUCUUCCUCCAGAAUCAGCUCAGCAUCUUUCCCCUUCCGGCCUUGCCAGACAUACCAACACCUCACAGAUUCCCCUACCUGUUUCGCGCAUCUUUCCAAGGGCGAAUAGCGUAUUCCCAAACGAUGACGGUCUCGGCGACCUGCCCAUGAACAUCAUAAAUACUUGUAGAUCACAGUUGGAGAAGGCUUUUGCAAUGGAUGGCGCUUGUGAAGUUUAUUUGAAAGAAGGAGAGUCAGUGUUGAUACCUGAGGGAUGGUGGCAUGCUGCUGAGGGUGGAGAUGGACCCGGAGUUGGGGUGGGCGCUUGGUUUAGAUGA